CCUUCCUCCCUCGCCCAGUCCUGAGCCAUGGCAACGGCGUGACGUGGGGGAUACCGAGAGCUGUGGAACAUUGGUACCGGCUUCAGUUCUAGCCUACCCGGCCGCCUGGACGGGAGCAGGGCAGGGAUCCGCAGCCUCGCGCCGCCCCUGCGCUCGGGGGGCCGCCGGGGACCCGCUCGGCUGCCGCUUCCUGCCUCUCCUCCUUUGGAGUGAGUAGGGAGCAGCCAGUGUCGGAGCCGAGAGGGCCAGGCAGGGUCGCGCGCAUGGCCUCGACGGGCGCGCGGCGACUCCCCGCUGGGACCCGCGCGGCUGCCCAGCGCUGCGGCGUCCUCUCCCUCCGCCCGGGUGCGCGCCCGGCCCCGCCCCCAGGCCCUCUGCUACAGCCGCGACCAAUGAGGUUUCUGAUCUCCUGCAGCCUCUUCUGGCCUAGGGCUACCCAGGUCUUGGCAGCUGAAGCUCGCUCACCUCCCAGCCGUUCUUUCAUGGGCUUUGCUGCCCCCUUCACCAACAAGCGAAAGGCUUACUCAGAGCGUAGGAUCAUGGGGUACUCAAUGCAGGAGAUGUAUGAGGUGGUGUCCAAUGUCCAGGAGUAUCGCGAGUUUGUGCCGUGGUGUAAGAAGUCUCUGGUGAUAUCCAGCCGUAAGGGUCACCUGAAGGCCCAGUUAGAGGUUGGCUUUCCACCUAUCAUGGAACGUUAUACCUCUGCGGUUUCCAUGGUCAAACCUCACAUGGUCAAGGCUGUUUGUACUGACGGCAAGCUCUUCAACCACUUAGAGACCAUUUGGCGAUUCAGCCCUGGUAUUCCUGCCUACCCCCGAACCUGCACCGUGGACUUUUCGAUUUCCUUUGAAUUUCGUUCUCUGCUGCACUCCCAGCUGGCCACCAUGUUUUUUGAUGAGGUUGUCAAACAGAAUGUUGCUGCCUUUGAGCGUCGGGCAGCCACCAAGUUUGGUCCAGAAACAGCCAUCCCCCGUGAACUGAUGUUCCAUGAGGUGCACCAGACUUGAGGCAAAGGAUUAUUCCUUAGCUUCUCCUCUACUCCCCUUCCUCACCCAAUCCUUAUUUAUUUGGUUUGGUUCCUGUUCCUGUGAGGAGUCUAUGUUCAUAAAUACUGUUCCUCCCCUCAAUUCCCCAGAAAUUGGUCUCUAUGCUGGUUGUAAAUGCUGGGGGAAAGAAAAGGCAGGGAGUAUGGAAAUGCGACAUGCCUAGGAAAGGAUCAGGCCCAUGCUGAGAGCCCCAUAUGCCUGCAGCCUUUUCACAAUGAAUUAGCAUCAGGACUGUGUGGUUAUCUUUGGGCCCUGUCAGGGUACCUUAGUUUCUGACUAGGGGAAGACAGGAACUUUUCUAAGAAUAAAUUGAGCUUUUCUUCUGGCACAGAGGUACUGGGUGGUAAAUAACUUGUUCUGCCUGAGAUUCCUCAGGAGAAAAGGCAACUUGCCCCUGACCUGAAAUCUGUAAGGCCUAAUUUAAGAGUAUUUCCAUGUUGCUAGGCUAGGAGUGAGCAAGGGGCUUUCUUACCACCAGUGCCACAGGACCCAGGAGGAAAAAAAGCACUGAACAGAACUGUCUUUGUACUCUUGGGUUGUACCUUAUUCUUCCACUUGGCCUGAGUUUUUAUAAAAUUUCAAUAAAUUGUGACAGUGUGAA